AUGCGCUUAAACACCAGCAGACUUUUUCGGUUGACAAUUGUGACUCUGGUAGUCUCUAAAACAACUGGCUUCAAUGUACAGCCAGUGGCAUCUAGUCGUCGACAACAGAGGUUUCCAUUACCAUUCGAAAUUCUGAGCGCUACCACAUCGCCAGAAUUCGACAUUGGACUGGAAAACAUCCCGGGAGUAGACUGGAAACGACCUGCAAAAGUGAAUCAGGAUGCUUGGAUUCAAGAUGAGACUGAUGACUUUGUAAUUGUCGGAGUUUUGGAUGGGCAUGGAAAGUUGGGUCAUGAAGUGAGCUCAUAUUUCGCGUCAACUUUGCCUUCAGAGAUUAAGCAGCGGCUUCAAGAAGCAUACCCCAAUCGGAUACCAGUGUUUGAGCUCGAAGAGAGACUGAAGAGUGUCCCGGAAUUACCGCAGGAAUCAGAUCUUUCUGAUGAUGUGCUGUCGCUUGCUCUGACGGAUUCGUUUCAUGCAGUCCACUGGAAAGCAAUGUUGGAUCCAGAUCAGAAACCAGGAAGAAGUGGUGCUACCUGCAUCACUUGUCUGAUCAACAAGAAGACCAAGGAGUGCCAUGUUGCCUAUGUUGGGGAUUCAAAAGCCAUACUCAUAGGUAGCGGGAAAGAAGGUUCUAUUCAAAUUGUUGCUGAACGGACCACUGUCAACGUUCCUGAGGAACGAAAGAGGAUUGAGUCUGGUGAAGGAUCCAUUAGAGGAAGCAAUGUAUUCUAUGGACCUGUUGGGAUUGCAAUGACGAGAGCACUUGGGGACACAGUCAUGCUGCGAGCUGGCGUAAUCCCAACACCCAUUGUAGAAACAUUUAAGCUCCAAGACUGCGACACCCUGGUGCUAGCGACAGAUGGCAUAUGGGAUGUCUUGCAAGAUCAAGAGGUUUCGGAUACAAUAAAUGAUAGUUUCAGUGGUGGUGCACAGGGCAUGGCAGCAACACUUGCCACCAUAGCAAGGAAGAAAUGGGCUGGAGAUCUUCCAAUCAUGGACGAGGUCAAAGCAGAUGACAUCACAGUGCUGGUGUUAACUUGUACGGACCAUCAGUAG